AUGGCGGCCGAGUGGCUCGCCGAAGAUCUUCUCGUCGAGAUCCUCUCACGCUUCUCGGCAAGGUCUCUGUGCUGCUUCAAGUGCGUCUCCGACCAUUGGCUCAGCCUCAUCCACCACCCCGAUCGCCGCAGGAAGCUCCCUCAAACCCUAGCCAGAUUCUUCUACACUAGGAGUGACAACAAGCAGUUGCCUCUGGAAACACAAGUCCGCUUCGCCGGUGUCUCUGGGAAACGCUGUCCUCCAGUCGACACCUCUUUCACCUUCCUUUGCAGCCACCGGCGCGUCGAUCUACUCGGUUGCUGCAAUGGCCUCCUCCUCAGUCGCUGGUACGACGUCUCUGCUCUGGAUGAUGAGUUCUGCUAUAUUGUGCGUAAUCGUGCCAGGGAGGAGUGGGUCAAGUUGCCGGACAUCAGUCAAGCUGACAAUUCACAGUGCCGUUUGCAUUAUGCCAAUUUUAAGAAAGAUCACCAUGGUGAGGUGGUUCGACUAGUGGUCUAUGUUCUCGAUGACUAUGACAACAAAGAACGGAUAUUGAAGCAUAGUGUUGAAGCUUCAGAUAUAUCUGGAGCGACAAAUGUUACUGAUUCUGAUCGGUUUACAAUUCAUUCAGUUAUUCCCGUUGGAUUGCGAUUCAUCCGCAAUAUACAAGUUUCAUCGCCCCGCUGCUCCGCGUUUGACGGCGCUGCCGCCGCCGCCAUGUCCACACCGGUGGAUCGAGCUCGCCCGUGGGAGGACGGACGCAAAUCAACUCGGAUCAGGUCAUCCUCUUCUCCUCCCAGCGGCAGCGAGACGGCGGCCGAGAGACUCACCGACGACCUCCUCGUCGAGAUACUCUCGCGCGUGCCCGGCAGGUCGCUCUGUCGCUUCAAGUGCGUCUCCAAGCACUGGCUCGGCCUCAUCAACGACCGCACCUACCGCCGGAAGCUCCCCCGGACCCUGACCGGCUUCUUCUUCAGCGACACCACGGACGAGCAAUUGGUACAUCCAGUUCUUCCUUUCACCAAUUUAUCCGGGAGCCGCAGUCGCACCAGUCUCACCUUCCUGCCCAACGGCCGAAACGCCUUUCUUUUGGACUGCUGCAAUGGCCUCCUUCUCUACGACGUAUCUUCCCAACGUGGCAAGCGCCGUUACGUCGUGUGCAAUCCUGCCACGGAGGAAUGGACUGAGUUGCCACAUUGCGACCAUGCCGGCUGGGUGGGUAUUGUGCGCUUAGGUUUUGAUCCAGCCGUGUCCCCCCACUUCCAUGUGUUUUUGUUGACGGACCAACUAAAUGGAUUUGGUCUCCCGGGUAGGGACGUCUGUUCAUAUGUCUAUUCAUCGGAAACCGGGAGGUGGGUUCAUAAGGAGAAGAAAUGGUACUGGGAUAUUGAUCUCGUUCGUGUUCACUCAGCUGCAUAUCUUAAUGGUUGUCUGCAUUUUUUCGCCGAAGUCAAUCACAAUACCCUGUGUCUAGCUGCCGGCAAGGAGGCGAGAACAAUGAUACACUCUCAUGUUCCUCCUCUGAAUGAUGGUUUUAUGCAGCAGUCACAGGGCUGCUUGUAUUAUGCUGGUUUUGGAAGAGAUGACAAUGAUGAUCAUGUAGUUCGACUACUAGUUUAUGUUCUCGAAGACUAUAAUAGUAAAGAAUGGAUACUGAAGCAUAGCAUUGAAAGUUCACAUCUGUUUGGAGGGCGAGAUGAUGUAGACGUUGAGGAGGACUUUUGCUGGAUUGCAAUUCAUCCGGAAUGUAACUUGAUCUUCUUCACCUUGGGCUGGGAUAGAACGUUCAUGUGCUAUGAUAUGGAUCAUCGGCAACCCAAAGUGAUAUGCAAUCUUGAAAAUGGCGCUCCACCAUAUCUGCCACAUGUGCCGCUAUAUGAAGAGUUACAAUCGUUGCACAGGUGAUCUCAA